GGUGUAAAUAAUUUCUCAAAUUUGUUUGGUACUGUCAGAUGGAUUGUUCUUAGUUACCCUUUACGAGUGAACUCUCACCAAAAUAACAAAUGCAGCAUUCAUUUACUUAUAGAUAUAUAACAUUAAUCAAAUUAAUACAAUGUCCCAACAAGGUGACUUUCUCGGUCUAAAUUGUGUUUAGCUCUUACAUAGCUAUCUCAUGGCAGAACGUAGAAAUGCAUCAUGAAAUAGUAGUAGUGUGCAUCACUAGUGUAGUGAUUAGUUAGAAAACUUUGAGUGUAGCUAAGUUUGGCCACAAGUGUGAAGUCUGGAAACGGCGUUAAAAUGCACGCAGCACGAGCAAGAGUCAGAACCUAUUACGAUAUGCAACCAUUUAUAAAAGAACACUGUGCUUCUUACCCAAAUGUUUUGAAAAUUUUAAUGCAUUUAUAGAACUGCUUUAAACUUAAUUGCUUUGAAUUUCUAUAGCAACCAACAAUAAUUCAGGAAGUAAUUCUAAAAGCUAUUGCGACAAAGCAGUCAGAUGUCACGCCAUGAAGAAUACCUUAAAAUAUAAACAGAGUACAACAAUGGAAUCAUUUAUAUAUGUGCUCACCUUUGCAUACAUCUUCGAUGAAUCUUUUCAAGCAGCAAUAAACAUUACCUCAUCAAGUCCUCUGCUUCAACAAACUGUACAAAAUAUUUCAAAUGACAGCGACUACAACGCUUAUUAUUAUUAUGAUAUACCACCAGACGAUGGGUCGCCCGACCUAGAAAAUAGCACAAGCUUUAAUUUCGCUUACGAUGAUGUCGCAAACGGAACUUCUGACAUUACUUAUAAUAAAACUGACGAGAAUUAUUCAAAUUUACCUUCUGAUGAUGAUUAUCUUUAUGAAGACCAAUACUUCGAUUCGUAUGGAAUUUGUUCAUCGAAUGCGCUAACUGCUUCAGAUGUUGUUCAAGUCCUCUCUCCUGAAAUUGAUGUAUCAACGCCAAUUUUAAAUCACUGGACGAUUGCACCGUGGUAUAGAGGCGGAUCGGUAACUGUUGCCAAACGAGACAACGUAGUCACGGACGACAUAUUUCUCGGAGGUUGUGGCGAUCUUGAAAUAUUCCAAAGUGAACUCAAUGGCACCACCAUACAGAAAGAAUCGUCCUGGUGCCACGAAAAAAGGUUGUUACCCUGCGAUGCGAAUAUGCAGAUGACUUACCACAUAUUUGGAUACUCUCUUAUUUCGGAACCUGGAAAAGCGGUUGAUGUCGUCUAUACGCCAAUGAGUCUCGGAUAUGAUUACGAUACAACGAGCAAGAAAACUCCUUUCAGCAUGUAUUAUUAUGAAUGUGGUGGACAUAGAUUUGGAGGGGAUAUUCGUUCUCCAAUAUUUCCCGACGAGGAAAUUCCUUACACUGGUUCCGUUACUUGUACUUGGAUGUUGGAUGUUGAAAACUCAGCUGAUUAUGGAAUUCUUCGAUUUUCGCGAUUUCACCUCCCACACUGCGAGAAUCACCAUCUCAUUAUUGAAGAAGAUACGAUUAUCGAGGAAAAAGAUGUUACUCAGUCUUUAUUAAUGAUGUUAGAUCAAAACGAUGUUGAGAAAAAUCAAACUAUGGAUGAAUCUACACAAGAUUACGAUUUUGCUGAAUACAAUAAAGCGCUGAAUACAUCUGAAAUGCAGGAGUUAACGAAAGGCAAGUCAAACUUCACAAGCGAUGAAAAUAAAAAUGCAUAUUUUUAUCGAGAAAGCAAAAUCUCUGAGGAAGAGGCGAGAAAGAAUCCAAGAGCUGGAAUCCAUGCCGUUGUCAUCACAAAAUAUUGCGGCAAAUAUCAGCCAAAAAGAACUUUAUAUUGGAGACGAGGAAGCGAAAAUGUUACUCUGACGUUUGUUUCCGAACACCACACUGUUCGAAAAUAUGGAUUUGUUGCCAGAUUUUCUGCAUUUUCUUGGUCGAGCACAAUGAAAGAACAUCGAGAGUUGGGAAUGGGAAAAUUCACGCCAAAAAGCAGAGCUGUUUCAGGAGAAAUUUUCAACUACAUUGUUUUGAUUGUUUUUGUUCCAAUCGGAUUAACAAUUGGACUAGCAAUAAUAGUUUUCCACAUCAAAAAGAGAGGACCAACUAUUCAGGACUUUUAUCGCAAAGAAAAGAAAAUGUUGCGAUUGCGUAGAGCAAACACUGAAAGAGUAAAAUCACGCAGUCCGAAGAUUCAGAGACCUGCAAGACGAACUCAAUCUCUUGAUUAUCCACAUUCUAUUCCAGAGGAUUCCGAACUUGCCGAAAGUGAACUCUUAGUGAAGCCAAAUCAAGUACGACGUGGCUCGCUCCUGAACGUUCGGUUUCUGAUGGGAGCAAGAAGAAAACUUUCAUUUCAACUUGGGAAUAACUCUAUAAAUGAAAAUACGGCUGAAUCAAAAACGCGCGAAACUGUUCAUACUCCGAUGAUGAAAAAAUCGGGAUUAAGUGGAGUUUCUUGAUAAACACCCACAGAUUUGUGACGAGUGAAUUCACGUACAUGCGCUGUUGAUAUUCACCCAAGAUUCGUGGUUGCGUAGAAGAAAUAGAAUGUUUUAAUAGACUGGCCAUCAUUUCUGCUGUGAGUAACCAACUGAAACCGACGUCAUAAUGCACCAACGAGUGUGCAAAGCGUGCUGACUAAAUAGAAGGCAAAUAGUACAUGACGAUAUUGAUGAAUUGGAAAAUGUUUGAGACAAUGUCACGUUAUUAUUUUUUCUUGAAAGUAUUUUUUUGUGAAUUUUUCGACAAGUUCCUUCCUUUGCUAAUCUUUUUUCCAGUCUGAUAAAUUAUAUUUCCAGUUCGAGUUCCACAAUCAUUCAUUCAAUAAAAGUUUGAAUUACUUUUUUUGAUUUUUGUUUUUAUCGAAAAUAGACUCAAAAUGUCCAGUACACCAGAUAUGCCACGGUAGCAGUACAGAGUUUUCAGCGGAUACGAAGUAUAUAGACAAUAAUAAGUGCUGACGAUUCUGUCGUUACCAAACAAAUAUUUAUGUUUUUUUGUUUGUUGUGAGGGCCUUUUCAGCUGUGGCCUCUAAGUAUAUUGAAAGAACAAUUUAUGACACUCACACUUGACACAUCUCAGAACCCAUUGCAGCGAAACAUUUCAGGCUUUCUAUACGAUGUAGUUAUUAUAAUAAAACAUAACCCAUAUCAGGGGUCGGCAACCUACGG